CAUGUUGCGAUCACACCAUCACGUAGCCCCUUCACACCUAGUGAUGCUGACAUCGGAUUUAUAAGCAUCUGACACGGAGGUAAUUCCGUUGGAUUUCCCCCCGCUCUACGCGCAUCUCUAAGACCGUUCACGUGUCAUUUUAAGAAUCCAAAGGAUAUCCGGACUUCCUAGCCUAAGUCACAACUAUUGUACAGCAACCGAUUUUAGACAGGAGUAUGCCGGAUCUCGGCCACUCCAGCACAUAUGGCCAAGCUUGCAUGCAAUGCUACAAGGCGAAGUGCCGAUGUGUGCCUAGUCUACGGAAUGGUGAAUGCGAAAGAUGCCUUCGCCUCAAGAAACAAUGUCAGCCGUCAAACACGUUUCGCAGGCGUAAUGCUCAGAGACCAGAAGAGUCAGAUAGCCGAAUCGCACAGCUGGAGAGUAAGAUAGAGACUCUUACUUCCGCCAUGCAAUCUAUCGCUAGCUCUUCUGGGUCUUCAAUCGACAUUGUCCAGCUCCUCAACGACGAAAAUAUUUCAGCGUCCACAUCUCGUUCAGCGGGCAUUCCGACAAACUCCACUAGCACCAGUUCGAGCAUUAUUGAAGAGCCAAUGCAGACGACGCCGCUCCAUCCAAACUCUUCACUUCAAUUGCUCUCUGAUCCUUUGUCAAACCAAGCAGAAGAAUGUCUUGUAUUUUUCCGAUCCCAGAUGCUGCCGUGCUUCCCUUUCAUUAAUUUUUCCCAAGAAAUUACAGCCAGGCAGCUACACCAUGAGCGGCCUUUUCUUUACCAAGCCAUUCUCGCCGUCACCACUUUCUCAAGUAGGAUGAAGCUGUCCCAAGUCGAGGAUCUGAAACGUUUUCUGCAUGAAUCUGCUUUGAUUAAUGUUCAAUCAAACAUGGAUCUGCUGCUUGGAUUACUCACGUACCUAACAUGGAGCACCGACGCCUUUCUUGGCCGAGCGAACUUUCUCUCUCGUCUCAUGAUGCUCGCCAUCUCGCUAGUAUAUGAUCUGCGAUUGUUUAAGCCAACCCCGCCCGAUGUUCAGCUUAUGAUGUCUAUGACACAGGGUCAACCCUACGCAGCAGAUCUGAACAUCGGCGAGGAAACAGCCCUGGGAUUUAUGGAAAAGCAGCGAGCUCUUUUGGCCUGUUUUGUUCUGAGCUCGAAUAUUUCAUCUCACCUAGGGCGCCAGGAUGCUCUCAGGUGGACGCCCCAAAUGGAAGAGGCAACUCGCCUCCUCGAAAUGAACAAGUCCUGUUCAACAGAUGAGGCAUUUGCUUUCCAAGUGCGGCUGUAUCUGUUAAAGCAGAGAGCGGCAUAUAUCCGCGAGCAGCACGAGGUAGACCGCGCUCGCAUAGAAGCAGCUUCCGUGACUACGUCACUUCCGGGAUUAUUGUAUCUGAAGACAUUGCGGGCCCAGCUUCAUGAGCUCAAGUCAUCGUUCCCUCUGCAUAUUCCCCAAAAAGGCAUACUCGAUACGAAUGCACAAUACAUUGAGCUAUACAUCAAUCACCUGGCGUAUUCAAUAAGCUUGGACUCACCACCUCUUAAUAUUUCGGGGCAGAGGAGCGACGGCGGGCUUCUACCCGGAUUCGAACGCUUAGAGUGUCUGUGGCGGUCUGUCGAGUGUAUCAAGUCAUGGCUAGACAAUUUCUAUACGAUCCCCCCCUCGAAGCUUAUCGGUCUUCCAUUUCAUUUCUGGUCCCAAAUGAUCCUAUGUGUCACGGUUCUGAAGUAUCUGUCGACGCUUGGAGACCCGGCUUGGGAUUGCCAGGCUGUACGCAACACUGUCGAUCUGAUCUCGACGAUAGACUCUAUGAUUCAAAGGCUCGACCUAUGUAGCGAAGAACCGAGACUUCAGUGCAGCGACAGCCUGUUUGAUCUCUUAUCCAGACUCCUAAGAAGGUGUCGAGGAUGGGCUGAGACAUGGUGGAACCUGGCCCCUCAGGCGCAAGAUAUAGGGGCCGAGGCAUUUCAUAUUGACGAUCCCAGCGUGGUUAGUCAUACUAGCCACACGAUGGAUUUGGAUCAGAUGGGUUGGAUGCAGUCGAUGAAUCUGGAAAAUGAUGAGUGGCUCAAGAAUAUACUAAGCCGGCCCGUAUCAUUUUGUUAGAUAUCAGAGCUCACACUCUCUCAAAACGUGGUCGUGUGUUCAGAAACCAGGAUCUGCUGUUCGGAAGUUGCUUCUCCAGUGUGCCAUUUUUUCUAAUACCUGCAUGAUCCUGCGUAAUCGCCGCGUUCAACUGCAAUUUUUGGAGUACCCUUUGUCUUCUUUUUUUCUUUCACUAGUCUGAGACGAAUCCUUUGCCAAGAGCAAAUCAAUUUAGACACGAACU